CAUUACUCACUCGAGCUCACGCAAAUCAAACAAGACAUUGCGCGUUCUCAGUUCUUCAAGAGGAGAGAGAGAGGAGAUGCGCUUGACGGCUCUACUGACACAUUAAAACCCACAAUCAGCGCAAAUGACCAGACCAAACAUUUUUGUCCCAUGGGCAGGGAGGGUCUUGUGAGUUUGUGUGAUCUUCAGCACUGAGCUCGAUGUCUUCUGAAUGUACGUGGUUGGUCCCCGUCAUGUUGUGCUUCAUCCUGGCUACAGGUGCACAUGAAGGAUCUGUGUGCACUGUAAAUUCAAGCGCAGGCAAUGAAGUCAUCUUAGGUUCCAAUUUCACAAUCUCCUGCAACUUCAUCAAGGAAUGCACCAAAGAAAUUUUUCUGAAUAUGAAACAAAUUAGUUAUAAACAAUUCAACAAUUCAAUUGUGGUGUCUGUUAAGAAUCUAACAGAGUUCAGCACCUUCGCCUGCAAGUGUAAGGAGGCCCAUGAACCAGACCCAUGUGGGAUUGACAUCACUCCAGGAUACCCUCCAGAUAUUCCACAAAAUCUGACGUGCAUUCGAAAAACGGAAUUUGGCAAUGUCAGCUGCACUUGGAUAACAGGAAGGGAUACCAAACUCGUGACCACGUGUCAGUUACGGGUUCAAGGUGACCCGCACCCCAGCUAUAAGAGUGUUAUGAACUCUACAGGAUUUUGUUGGUCCACAUUCCCCAUCAAAAGCUCAAAAAUGUCUCAGCUUGUUGUGUCACUCAAUGUCUCUAAUAGUCUGGGUUCAAAAACCUCAGGUCCCCACACCUUCACCCUCAGAAAUAUAGUAAAACCCUCAAUACCUCAAAUCAGUCAUGUGAACUGCUCAUCACAAUGGUGCCACCUACACACAGAUAAUCACAGCAUGGACUUAGUUGAAGUCCAAUACAGAGCAGUAAAUGGGAUCUGGAAAAAACUUGAGACUAAUGCCAAGAUGAAUUUGAAUAUUACCUCACUGCAGCCAGAUACCAAGUACAAGUUCCAGAUCAGGAGGAAAAUAAACCAUAGAGUAGGUUUGUGGAGUGACUGGAGUCAAGAAAAGGAAACCAAAACUGAAGAGGAAGCUCCUGUAAAGGAGCUUGACGUCUGGUAUCUCCAAGAACCGAAACACUCGCAGUCUGGAAAUAAGUGUUUCCAGAUAGUUUGGAAGGAACUGAAUAUAUCAGAUGCCAAGGGGAAGAUUCUGAAGUAUAAUAUAAGUGUUCUGGAGCAGAAGAUGAACUCAAGCAACAAAAUUCCAACCAGCAGAAAUCAUCACAUAUGCUGCUCUAACUGUUCUGUGUCAGUGUCUGCAGUUAACUCAAAGGGUCAAUCUCCUGCCAAAUUUAUCAAGCUGCGUUCUCCAGGACUUGCUUCAGGUUUCCUGCCACACAAACUAUUAAAUAAUCAUAGCGUUGCCCUCUCCUGGCAGAGGUUUGCCAUUGCAGGCCAAGUAACUGAGUAUGUGGUUCAUUGGUAUCCAGUUGGAUACACUGACAGGAUUCAGUGGAUUCGAGUACUGGAUAACACAGCUAACAUUACAGGUCUCCAGCCUCAAGAAUGCUAUCGGGUUGCAGUCACUGCUCUGCACACAUCUGGUCCCAUAAUGGCACACUUUAGAGGCAUCUCCACAUGGCAGUCAGCUCCAGAACAAGGUCCAGUUCCUCAACCAGUCUUGAAGAAUUCUGAGAACUUGCAGUUGGAAUGGUCUGAAAUCCCUCAAGAGAAGAGAAGAGGCUGUUUGAAAAAAUACACCAUCUACUUGUGGAACAAGUUAACGGAAGAUACUCAAACUUACAGUGUGGACUAUCCAAAGAAACAGUAUACUAUUAGUGGUCUGUCACCAGGACAGUGUUACAAACUGUGGGUCACUGCCUGGACAGAUGCUGGGGAGGGACCCAGAGGAAGUGAACUCCCAUUCUGCACACCAACAGAUGCUGAGAAACUAUUGUCCCAUGUGAUCUUGGCUGGUGGAGGAGUACUUUUGUCCUGUCUAAUCCUCUUGUGCAUCUGUCAGUUCUCCUCUGUGCAGAAAAGAUUCUUAAGUUGUUGCCAGUGUCUGCUGCCUACAGUUAUUCCAGAUCCAGCAAACAGCAGUUGUGCAAAGACGUACACUGAUGACCAGGGUGAAAUUAAAUUCUAUCUUCACAAAUAUGACCCCAGCGUGAGUGAGGAUCCCGAAAAUGUAGAGGUGGAGGAAGUUCCCUACCCCAGCUUCCCCUGCACCUACAUCAAAAGCUUCUCUCAGGAGUCCAGUUCCUCUGAUGCCACCCAGAGCACCAGGACCACAGACUACACAGAUGACUACAUCUCCACUCACGGCGCAAUAAGUGGAGGAGAAGAGGAAGAGAACGAGGAAGAAGAGGCGUGUUUGGAUGAAUUUGAAUUCUUCCCAAGCACUCACAGCCCUUUCUUGGAACCGCUGGUUUUAACUGGAGGAAAGUUGACACUGGAUGCAGUAAAAAUAGACUGCAGUGAAUUUCUGGAUUGCACGUGAUCCUCCACAGGCAUUAAAAUUUGACCUGACUGUGACUGUACUAAGGAUGCUGAAAAAUAAUCAUGGACAUCCCAAAGAUAAUUUGUCAGUUAAAAGGACAAACUUUUCCCAGCCAUACCUGCGAGCAGCUUAAGCUCAUGCUGUAAUGGAAGUAGCAACAGAUCUUUUCUUCUAUAUUGUGACAUACAUCAGAAUGAAAUGGAUUAAGGGAAAAAAGGGUGAAAAAAGAUGGAGGCAGAUCUGAACAUGAGCUUACAGUCAGCUGUAAGAAAGGGGCGGGUUUAAACAGAUCAAAUGAUUGGAAUAGUCUGGCAUACAUUACAAGAGAGAAGUUUCACCGAAAGAUCGAAUUAUAUUUUAAUUAAACAUUGUGGUCAAAAAAUAAAACAAAAUAGACGAAUCGUUCACAAUAAGACCAAUAACAUGCAUUUAGAAAAUAGAAGUUCAUUUCAUGCCUACUUUAAAAGCUUGCAUAGUUGUGUUUGAUGGAUGUGGCAGUGUAGGCCUCUUGAGACAAGGUUAACUUCAUAUCCUUUUCAGCACACAUGGUUUGCCUCAGGUACUUAUCUCUGAAAUGCAGAUGAUCUAACAGACUGGUAACAGCCAAUCUAGAGUAUGGAUACUUAAUGAAUGUAAGUUGAAAAGGUUUUUCGGACAUAUUCUAUAAACUCAUUCUUUCCACUAAACACUCAGCAGCUGACCAACACUAACCAUUCACUUUAACUUUUUAACUGUUUCACAAUAAUCAAGAAAACCUUGCACAAGCAUCAAUAUCGUGGGAGACUCAGCACUCAUAUCUACAACUUACGCUAACGCAAGAUGUUUGACCAAUUACACAAAUAAUAGAGUGUCAUCACAUAAGUUUUUCAUCAGCUCAACUGAAUACUGUCCUAAUGUAAUGUUUUAAAUUGCAUGUAAAGCUUUAAUGUCAAAGCAUCAAGGACAAAAAAAGAGAAAAGAAUAAAUGUCUUUUUUUUUUUUAAA